AUGACACGUAUUUCAGUCGACAUAUCUCGUUUACCAAAAGACGUUUUUACUUAUACAAACGAACGUUUUUACACAUUUAUUGAAAACUUCUGUGGUAAAGACGAAGCCGACUUAUUAUCAAUUCAAUCUAUACGAUCUGUCGAUACAUUUCUUUCCAUUGAAGAUGCUUAUUCCAUAUUUGCACUUGAUAGUGAUGACGUGAAGGAAAUUCAUACACGAUGUGGUUUCAAGAAUCGAAAUGGAACAUAUACAGUCAGACCAGGAAUUAAAAGUUCACUUGAUUAUGUUAAGACACUUUUGAAAGAAAUGCAAAAAAGUCGUCAGAACCAAACUUCUAAUAAUUUAUCUAAUGUUAAUCCAACUGCUGGUUUAUCCGUUUCAGAAAAAGAUGAAGAUGGACAUCGUGAUCUUAUUGAAAAUUCUAUUCAAGAUUGGUGUAUUCAAAAUAUAAAUACAAUUAAAAUUCCUGAUUCUAAUAUUAUUUCUGGUGUACAUUAUCAUUUAAAAUUUACUUCAUCUCUUGAUAAAGCUGAAAUUAAAUGUUCAUGUGGUUUAGUAUACAUUCUGUUACGUGCUGAAUCUGGCAAUUUCAAAUUAUCAAAUUACUUUCGUCAUUUAAAAUCAGGUUGCUCGAUGGUUCUAACUGAAAUAAUGAAUGAUUCAAUUGGUGAUACAACACAAGAUGAUACUCAAGAUUCAACUUCUAUUUCUUCUUUACAACAAAUAUCAAUAACUUCUGUUCGAAAAAGAACUCGACGAACAAUAUCUAAGCAUACAACGACGAAAAAGAUUCGAACAGCUUAG